UGGUAUCUAUAUACGGGAAAUACCUACAACGGGAAAUCCCUACUUCGGCGUAUACCUACCCGGACAAUCCCUACUUCAGCGCUCACGCGAUAGGGUGACCUGACAUGGAUGUUCCGGAUAAAGUCCUACGUUUUCAACGCAUAUUGCGUGAUGUACGGUUUGUUCCUUACAACUAUGCAUGUUGAUUUCUACAUGGUACCUGGCCUAGCCAUUCUGGAGCUCCACUACUGCCUUUCAUUACCCGCUAUGCGGUAUAACUCAUGUUUACUAUUUUGGAGCAGCUAUUUCUAUUUUCCUAAGCAAAAGUAGCUUCCUCUUUGUAAACAUGCAGAAUAAAUUCUAAGAGACCCAUGUAGUAUGAUUGUCACAUAAUUCGCACUAUAUACUUCGAGAUGAUGCGAAUUAUGAAGGCAGACUUACAAUUACUAUUAACACAUUAAUAAAAAAAAACUCCAAGUCUGCGUGGCACAG